GUUACACACAAAGCUAACACAACAUCAGAUACCAAAUUGCCGGGGGGGCUAUAUAACAUUUGUCAGAAAAACUCCGGGACAAUUCAAGUUUCAAGCCUUUAGUUGAGUGUCAUCAUGAAAAUACAGAUUUUAGCCAUCAGUAUACUUUUUGCCAGCGCGAAAAGUAUAAUAAUUCCAAAUUAUGAGAAUGAACAGGAGGCUGCACUUGGUCCAGUGUCAUUCCCUCCGGUUAUUUCGAGACCGGAAAAUGCAUUUCAAAAUAUUCCAAAUACUGCAAAUCCAGUAAAUAAGGAAAUUUCAGAAUUUCCAACAGAAGAAAAUGCUUUCAGUGGUAGUUAUAUUAUAAUCGACGAAACUCACGGUAUUAAGUACAUUGUCAAACCAUUAAAUAAUUUAAAAAUAAUUGUACGCAAAAAACCUUUUCUAUUUUCACAUCUUACACCUUUACGUCUUCUACUUGGACGCUUUGGAUACUAUCAUCGUUCACCACCACAAUUUAUUCAUUCCUACUGAUAAUAAUUAUUACCAUGAAUUUAAAAAUGAAAUUAUCUCUCUAAAUUUUAAUCAGUAAACAUUUUUACUCAUUUGAAAA